GAACAAUGGCUGCGACGCGGCGAAGCCGGCGGUGACUGACUCCACGGGCGCUGAGGGCCCCCGCCAGCCCUGGCCCGACGCCAGCACAGCUGACCCUGACGAAGCCACGCCACGCCCCCACCUGGCCCGCCUCUUCUCCCGAGAUGCCCCGGGGCGAGAGGACAACACCUUCAAAGAGCGACCCUCCGAAUCGGACGAGCUGCAGACCAUCCAGGAACACAGCGGAGCGGGUUCAGAGUGCGGCUCCGAGUCCCCCGAACAGGAUCUAGAAUAGGCUAAACCCCCCCUGCCUUUUUCUCUUUUGCCUCCUCCGUCUUUUUUCGAUCUGUCAUUUAAGAGAGGCAAGAGCCCCGCGUUCAAAUUUUGCCAAUUACGAUCGUGCCACCGACUACUACAAGCAUGGCAUCUGCAAGCAGCUCCGCACAGGCCGCCUUCGGGCUCGGCCGCAGGAAGAAGACCCCCGGCCUCCUGGAUCAGAUUGGAAACUUCUUCGGCGGGGACAAGAAGAGGAAGAGCAAGGGAUCCUUCCGAGGCGCCCUCUCUCCAGGCCCCCAGAAAGGCUCCGCGACUUCCCCGCGUAAGCGCGGGGCAGAGAACGCUGUGGUCCAUUUCUUCCGCACCAUCGUGUCCCCCGCCCCUCCCAAGUCGAGGGGCGACCAGAAGUCGCAGUCUGCUAAGGCCAAGAAGGCCAGCGCGGGCGACGGCAAAGGGUCCCUCACUAGGAUCUUCAAAAUGUGAUGAUAUCAGCAGCCGAGGCAGCAGGAGUUCCUCUCCAGCCAAACGCUGAAGUCCUUCUACGACCCCUCGCUCAAGGGCAGAUGUUCAAGAUCGCACGGAGGAAAAAGAAGAAGAAAAGGAAGAAACCCCGUCACCCCCCCCGUGAACUUACCUUCUCCUUCUCCUCUGAUAACACUCUAACUUAUGCUAAAUCCCUAUUACCCCCCCCCCCCCCCUGAACCCAUUUUGGCUGGUAGAUAGCGACACAAUCUGUUGCCUCCUCCCUUCUGCACGCGUUGUCUCUCUGCAUUCCUCAUCAUUAGCCUGAACUUUUCGCUGAAACGUAUUCGGCCCGACUGCCCCCCAGCGUCCCCCCCGGCUGUCUGUGCUCGUGCUUGAGUGUCUGUGCACGUCUAACAAAAGGAUGGCUAAACCCAAGCGCACCCGGAGCGGCGGAAGGUUCGACGCCGUCGCCCCUCGCUUGCUUGCAGGAAAAAGGCCGCCGUGUUUCUGUUUUAGAAAUGAGCUUUUUUUUGUGUCUCGUCAACACUGUCUUUGUCAUUCCCACAAACCUCUUCCUGUGAACCAUGAACCCGUUGUUGUGGGAUGGUCACAGUGUGUUUGCAUUCAAGCCCUUUGUGUCGUAGCUGUGGUUAAGUGUCCCGUCAUGAAUGUGAUGUUGUCUACGUUUGUCUUUGGGGCCUAUUUCUAACAAACAAAUGCGUUAUAACUAAGGUUUCAUUUAUUUUUGGUUGAUGAAGUAAUGGUUUUCACUAACGAUGGAUUCGAACCUCCCCGCUUUGCUUUAGUCUGGUUUCUCCUUUGUCUUUGCUGUUUCGGUCCCACAUACUGUAAAUUAACACAAUGUUCAAGGACCGUUUCCUUUCCGCCUGACUACCAAAACAAAGUGCUGUGUUGCCUUCUCACGGAUGAUUUAAAAACCACAAUUUCAAAUGAAGGUGCUCUGUAACUAACUCUGUGGAGUGUUUCUAGGGAAUGUGUGAUUUAAAUAUCUAAAAAAAGAAAACCUCUGUUGAAAACAUCCACAUGUUCCACAUGUGUUUGAAAAGCAGACAUGUGACAUCCGCAGCGUCCGUCUCUCCCACCGUUUGUGAGCUUGAUCCUUUGUGAGUGCUGUUUGAUUCUGAACGGAUCCUGUGGAUGAAUGUAAAGAUCCUCUGUUUAAUAAAAUAGGACCAGCCACUUAACUGAGAAUAAAAAAUAAAAACUGUAAAACAGA